AAAGCCGAUAUAUCUCUAUCUGCAGCCUUAUUUGCACAUAAAAUUGCUUCCCGUACCGUAAUCUCCUUCGGAUACGGGCGGGCCAGUCACCAAAGGUAAGUUUUCGUCAUGAUAUAUAUCAGUCUAUACUUUUCUUCUACCUAUACUUAUACCCUCAUCAUCAAAUUCAUAACAGUGACAACCUACUUAUGCGUUCCAAUACAGUUCAGAUUUUCCCCACAGAGAACCAAGAAAUACAGUGGUUGGCGGAGUGUCUUCAAUAUAAAGUGUUCCGCAAUUAACACUUGUGGGGUCAGAGAAAGAUCGGAUGGAGUACAUACUUAAUUCUUCUCAAGCUCAUGCUCUUCCACGAAUUACAAGGAAUCCACUGAAAAGAACAUGAACUGAUGGACUUCAUGUAACUUAGAACGCCGCCAGGUAGUCAAGCUAUUCGAGGCAACCAUGUUGUAGAUUGUUGACAAAAGGGCUGAUGAUCAUUGUUAUAUACAAUGAACGAAUACUGUUAUUAUCUGAAUAAGACUUCAUUGCCUAUGAAUAAUGAUAAUGUUACCAUGAUAAGAACAGGGCAUUUAUGGAUAUAAAGAGCGGAGUUGUCAUGAACUUCCCGUCGUGCCUCAAUUGCCCAGUAUUACCGGCCCUAUAUUUGUAGUGGGUAGUAAUAAAGUACUAGUAGUGGAAAAUGAGAGGUUGCACACCAGCUUGUAGCAAUCCAAGAUAUAAUCCAGUAGAAUCAAGCUGAGCUCAUUCGAGUCUAAGAGAUGAGACCAUGGCGCAGGUACAUGUCAUGACGGUUGAACGUAACAGACGACAAGCUAGAUGGAUCGUUGAAUUUGACAGCGAAGGCGAGGAGGAAGUCGCAGGUAUAACAACGGUGGUUGAUCCUCUUGCUAUGAGCGCAAGCAAAACCUCCAAUACUCUGUCUGGUACUACUACUAGUAGUACAGAGUAGAGAGCUCGCACUUGAACCGCACGGUGCGGAAUCACUUCCGUACCUUUCCAGGCAUCCGAUUAGUCAUUCCUAAAGAACGGAGCAUCGGCAUGGAUGCAUAUCCGCCUAUACGCGGAACUCUUGAAAUGUCCACCGAAGCCAACUGAAGAAAUGAUUUCCAUGGCGUUAGCGUAUAGAGAACGGACCUAGUGAUUGGGGUU